CUCUCCCACAAUUCUUAUGUCUUGGUGCAAACUUGAAUUCAAUCCUACAAUCUUAUCAUGUAUCUUAUUGGAAGGGGAAGCUUUCAGCUGAAAAGCACGGGAGAGAGAAGGAGCAGAGGAAGAAGAAAGGGCAGUGAGCAAGAAGAAGCGAGCUAGCAAGGAAGGAAUAGGAAUAGGAAUAGGUGUGCUGUGGAUUCAUUCAGUUAUGGGGUCUUUAUUUGCCGUUAGAUUUCGUGAAGCCUUGCCGCAAUCUCCUCUCCUCACUCCACGUGCUUUCUUCCUCUUUGCCUCCUUCCAUGGAUUUCUCCUCCAUUUUUAGCUUCCUUUCUUCUUCCCCUUCCUUUGAUUUUUUCUUCCAACCCUAUUAACUCUCCACACGCACUCUUCUGCUUUCGCAUCCAUCCUUCUGCCCUUCUCUGAUCUCUGCGUUCCAUGGAAGAUUCCAAGCGUGUCUGCAAGUUCUGCGGCAAAAUCUUCCCGUGCGGCAGAUCUUUGGGCGGUCAUAUGAGGUCUCACAUCUCCGGCAAUAAUUCAGCUGAAACUGAGCAUUCUCUCGCAGCGACGAAGCUCUCGCAUGUCGUCGUCCAGGAGAUUGGCGACGCAGCUGCUGUUACUGCCGGCUAUGAUCUGAGAGAGAAGAGGAAGAAGACUUGGAGAGUCGCCGAUUCGAGUGACGGCACCACUCUAGCUUCAAACAAGCUGUGCAAGCGCUGUGGUAAAGGGUUUCACUCUUGGAAGGCUCUGUUUGGUCACAUGAAAUGUCACUCCGAGAAAGAAAGAGCUUCUGUUACUGAUAACAAUAGCUUGGAAGAUCAAGAUUCGUGGACUGUCAUGGAGAGCCAAUCCGACAACGAACCUCCCGGACCAAGAACAAGAACAAGAUCGAAGAGAACAAGAGCGACCACCUCGUCUCUGUGCUUUUCCAAUCAUUCCUCUUCUGUUUCUGAAGUCGAGCAAGAAGAGGUAGCUUUGAGCUUGAUGAUGCUUAGCAGGGGAGUGCCUCCACGGGGAUCUCGAGAAAUGGAGUCUGAUAAAAAACCAGAAACAUCGGAUCAUUUUGCAAGAAGUGGGUCUAGGGAGAGCAAGACGAAGAAGCUAGAUUUUCAGUCUGCAAUGGAGGAUUCUGAGGAAGUUGAUAAAGAACAAGGGAAGAAGAACUACAAGUUAUUGGGUUCAGAAUUGAACUCAAAUCCCUUGAAGAGUUCUCAGAGAAGAUACAAGUUCGAGUGCACUUCUUGCAACAAGAUCUUCCAUUCUUACCAAGCUCUUGGUGGCCAUAGAGCCAGCCAUAAGAAGAUCGCCAGAGAUUGCUUUGUUCCAAUAGAUGAGACCAGUGAAAACACUAUAAAACCAGGUUCGUCUCACUCUCACCAUGAAGCAAUUGCAGGUUCGGAUCUUCAUGAAGAUGCAGAGCUUAACAAGAGCAAAGAUCACGAAUGCUCCAUUUGCCUCAAGAGUUUUCCAUCCGGGCAAACGAUGGAUGGCCACAAGAGAUCCCAUUUAGCUGAAAGUAUGGAUUUGAUUGAGGAGCCAGUUGAGAAAAUUAGGGACAUGAUCGAUCUGAAUCUUCCAGCAGAGGAAGAAGACAGCAAUAAUAAUAGUAAUUCUGAGUCUUACAGAUCAUCACCCUGGUGGGUGAGAGGCAUCCACAACAAGCAGGAGGCUCUGGUAGGCCUAAUGUCUAACUAAUCACAUCAUAGUUCCAAUUUCUCAGUGAAGAUUCGAAAUGUAUAGGACAAAUUUUUCUGCAUUUCUUUGGUUAAUUCUUCACAGGAUCCAUGUCUCCUUGUUGUUGAAGGUAUAUCUGCUCAUAUCAUAUUCUUCGAGUAGUUUACUAGAUGAACUUUUGAGAUGAUAUACCAGUUCAUUACUUGUUUUUCCCCUUCCUAA